AUGGAAUUCAAUGGAGCUUGUUUGAUGUCAAUUUUACUGCUAUUCAGUAGUGUUGGCAUAAUCUACGCAUCGGAUUCUGACAUUCUCACCGAUUUCACUGUUCCGGCGGGGCAGAACCCACUUAACUUGACUGGCAAUUUCUUCACUUUCACAGGAUUUCGAGGAUUGCCCAACAACAAUUUAACGGGGCAGACGGCAGUAAAAAUCACAAAGGGGGUGAUGGCAGAGUUUCCGGCGCUGAACGGGCUGGGCGUGUCAAUGGCGGUGCUGCAGUUCCCGGCGGGAGGAGUGAACCCUCCUCACACUCACCCCCGCGCUUCUGAACUUCUCUAUCUUGUGGAUGGAUGUCUUCUCGUCGGAGUGGUCGACACCACGGGAAAACUCUUCACACAGACCCUCACUAAAGGAGAUUUAUUUGUGUUUCCCAAAGGACUCCUCCAUUACCAACUGAAUACGGAUAAUGAGGCCGGGGCCAUGGCUGUUUCUGCUUUUGGGAGCGCCAAUGCAGGCACCGUUUCGCUCCCUUCUACUCUCUUCACAAGCGGCAUCACUGAUGAUGUUCUGGCUAAAUCAUUCAAGACAAACACACCCACUAUCGAGCUGCUCAAGGCUGCCCUUAAGCCUUAA